GAAGAUGUCUAUUACAUGUGAGAAAGUGCCACCAAGUGAGACUUCCAAGAGAGUGUCAUAUGUUGAGGAAACGCACUUCAUCCGCGUGAGAAACACCGAAAUCCCAGACAAUAUUCCAAUAAUUGAGAAGUGCUGGACAGAUGGCUUCAGCUUUCCGGCAAAUGUUGAGAAAUACAUUGAGCAAAUGUACAAUUUCCAAGUACGUCCGGAUGACGUCUGGUUAAUUACCUUUCCCAAGUGUGGUUGCACAUGGUCUCAAGAAUUGGUGUGGCAGAUUUGCAAUGACAUCAAAUUAGAUACGGAUCUUCGUCUCGUGAAGAAAUAUCCCUUCCUCGAGCAUGGAUGUCUUUGGAAGACUUGGUCGCAGAAUCCCAAACUAAAUUUUUUGACUGCCCUGGAGAAUAUGCCAUCGCCGAGAUUCAUAAAGACUCACCUUCCGGCCGCGCUUCUUCCCAAGGAUAUUUGGAGAGUGAGACCAAAAAUUGUCUUCGUCGCCAGAAAUGCCAAAGACGUCAUCACUUCUUACUACCAUCACUACAGAGCCAUCCCGAAAUUCUCAGGGACAUUUUCCGACUUUACUGAUCUCUUUAUGGAAAAUCGCAUCAAUUACACCCCCUAUUGUUCUCAUAUUUUGAAUUUCUGGACUCUGAGAAACGAGGAAAAUGUUCUCUUUCUCACAUUCGAAGACAUGAAGAACGAUUAUCCGAGUGUCAUUGAAAGAACAGCAAAAUUCUUCGGAAAAUCCUUAACAGAACAACAAAUCAUUGACCUCACAGAUCAUCAAUCGUUUGAAAAGUUCUCCAAGAAUCCUCUUGUGAAUUAUGAGGAGGAGAUGCGCCACUUGGACAAGGAGUCCAAAGGAAAUGCCAAUGACUUCCGCUUUGUGAGAAAAGGCAAAGUCAACUCAUUUAAGGAUGAAAUGCCACCUGGAAUGAUUUACAAAAUUAAUCUCUGGCUUGAGCAACAAUUGGGAAAUCUGAAGAAUAAUCCAGAAAUUCGGAGAAUAUUCUUCAAUGAAUAG